UCUCCUGUCGGCACCGGCAUUGGGUGGCUGCUGCUUUGGUGAGCGGCUGUGUUCAGCUACGGAGUUAGCAAACAGUUGGCAGAAAAGAGAAAAUUAUUCUUUGAGGAGGGAGUCAGACAUUGGACGAGUACGAUUUGGAAAAGUCCGCCAGCUGAAAGAUGUUCAGGAUGGAGAUACACGUUUGGCUGAUGGCCUUUUGUGUUAUUGUCGCAUCUGCUCCCCAGUGGCACAGGGACCCCAAGCUGAACAAGUACUGGGAAUUAUGGAAGAAGAAAUACGGCAAAGAGUACCAAAAUAAGAAUCAGGAAGAGCUGCGCCGAAUGACUUGGGAAAAGAACGUACAAUUUAUCGCACUGCACAAUCUCGAAUAUUCGCUGGGCCUGCAUUCUUAUGAACUUGGCAUGAAUAACUUAGGAGAUAUGACCAAUGAGGAAGUGUCAUUGCUCCUGACCGGCUUGAAGAUCCCAUCCUGGUGGAACCGAAAUUCCACGUCGCACAAAUCUAUCGUAGGCAUCGGCAUUCCUGACUCUAUAGAUUGGAGGGACAAAGGAUACGUCACGAAUGUUAAAGACCAGUAUUCGUGUGGUGCUUGCUGGGCCUUCAGUGCGGUUGGUGCCCUGGAAGCUCAAUUAAAACUCAAGACUGGGAAGCUGGUGUCGCUUAGCCCGCAGAAUCUUGUUGAUUGCUCCAAUUUUUAUGGGAACCAUGGCUGUAACGGAGGUUAUAUGCCUGCUGCUUUCCAGUAUAUCAUAGAUAAUAAUGGGAUCAACUCCGAUGCUUCCUAUCCAUAUAAGGCCAAGGAUGGGUUAUGUCAUUAUAAUCCUGCUGCACGAGCUGCUACCUGUUCUAAAUAUAUCUUGCUUCCAUCUGGAAAUGAGACUUACCUGCAGGAUGCUGUAGCCAAGAUUGGACCAGUAUCAGUGGCCAUCAAUGCAAACCAGCCGACGUUCUUUCUGUAUAAGCAAGGAGUUUAUAAUGAUGUCAGAUGCACCAGUCAGCAUUUGAAUCAUGCCGUCCUCGUGGUUGGAUACGGAAAGGAGAAUGGCAUGGAUUACUGGCUUGUGAAGAACAGCUGGGGAAUCAAUUUUGGCCAUGAAGGCUAUAUUAAAAUUGCCAGAAACCAAGGGAAUCGCUGCGGAAUCGCCAGCUAUUGUUCGUAUCCGUUAAUUUAGAUGGCAUCUCCAGUUUGCAGUGGAUAUUUUCUUCACUUGAGAAGCCCUAUUAGGCAGCUAAUCUUAGCCUUUCAAUAUAUAAAAAUCUAACUGUUGCAUUUGGGAAGAGUGAUUGAUCGCCAAAACCCAGAUCUUCCAUUCAGCUCCACCUGGUAGAUCUGAGACAAGCAGCCCAAAUGAGGGUUUAUCUGGGUUUAGUUUGGAAUUUGCUAACGAUCCCUGGGGCACUGCCAGACUUAAUCGGUUAAUCAGGUAAUGUCUGCCAAUCUGCUUUGAACAAGCAAAGAGCGCUGGGUAAUUGUCAGGGAUUUCCAUUUCGGGCCACCUGAAAACGGGAUGGAGUAAAAACAGCAUCCAGAAUCUACAUUCAUGAACAUAAAGCAAAAUCUUCUUUAAAGUUCGGCUAUUUGCAAGACAGUUUCUCAUCUGGAAAGAGUCAAAUGCAUACAAAUUGAACUUUGGACUCAUUUAACACAAAGAAGAAAAGAAUAUUUUCACUGCUUGGAGCCAUUGCAUGGAAUAUGACAUUAGAAACAUGGAAUCUUAGGGCUGGAAGGAACCUUGGAGGUCAUUUAGUCUAACCCUCUGCCCUAGGCAGGAGACCUUAUACUAUCGGAAAAAUGGUUGUCCAAUCUUCUUUUGAAAACCUCCAGCAAUGGAGAUUUUUUUCUUCUUGCAACAUAUCCUGGAUCCUUUCUGAACCUGGUUGAAAUAUAAUUCAAAAUGUAUUUAACCUUGGCCUCUAUUAAAGAUUAUUAAAGGCAA